UAGAAUUAAACAUACACUUAUACAUAUACACAAAAUAGAUAGGAGAUAUUUAAUUAACUGUGAACAAUUUACCAAACAACAACAGCAACAUAAACAGCAAACAAAACAAACAAAAAAGGUGGAGCUCUAUAUAUUGAAAUCGUAUUUGGCUCUAGACAAACAAACCUAGAUAAAUAUGAUGGUUUUUUGAAAUGGGAAACACACACACAUACGCGGAAACUAAAUAGCGGCAAAACAUCUUUACACAUGAACAAACGCAUAGGAUUACAUAGAGGAAACAGAAACAAAGGAAAAACUUUCAAACCCAAACUCUUCUAAAAAGUUGCAAACGAACCCGUUUGAAAUGUUGUAUUGUCUUGAGUACAGAAAGAAAGAAAAAAAAAACACACACAACAGCACACAUACAGACGCAUACACAUGUAUUGAAGUAAAUUACAACUCGCAAUUGAAUAAAGAGUUAGUGAAUAGUGUUAAAAUAACGGGGUUUAAACCUAGAACAAACGCGUAAAAUUAAGCAAAAACACACAGUAAGAGUAAAAACAGCAGUAAAAAAGAAACCGAAACUCAAUCAAAAGCAAAGCAAGAAGAAAAAAAACACAUACAAACACAUCUAAUAAAUUCACAAUUACAGAAGAAGAAACAAGAAACCAAUCAAAGAGCAAAAGAGCAAAUAACAAACAUGAAGCAAUUAUUCAAAAACCUAGCGCGCAGCUAACCCGACAGCAGCAAACCGUUGGAGCGCAAUUUAUUAAAGCAAAAGCAACUUAAAAAGGUAUUGGAAAUUGGAGAGCAGCAAUGGCAGAGGAGGGAAAGCAAUUGGUGCAAAGAAAGAUGAGGGAAUGUAGAGGAGGACAGAAUGAGUGAGCCAUUCGAAAAAUCAUUUUAUCGACUCCUCGGUCCCCGAUUCUCUCUGCCACCAUCCCUUUUUCCCGAUGUGAUGUUGUCGUUGCGGGAAGGAAGGUGGAAAACAACGGUGCGGCAAACUAACCCAGCGCGGGAGAGGACUGCCGCACUGGUAAAUGUCUUGUACAUUGUAGAUGCACAUCAUUUUAAUGUAUUUCGUUUCGAGAGCGAACCCAUUUUUGCUUGGUAACGUACUACUGUAUUUGAUUUCUUAGGGCGUUGCUUUGGACCAACUGUAUCACACAGUUGCCGUUAGAAUAUGAGUUGGGAAACAUGUUUGAUUUGUUUGAAUGUGCCGAUGGUUGAUACAUCAAUUUCUACUCUAGCAAUUUAACCAAAACGAAACAAAACAAACCAAACCAGUGACCAGUGUAGUAGCAAUUUUCAUUGUGACGACGGUGGUAAGGAUGAAAAACCAAAACACAAGAUGGUAGUGACAGUAAUGGCGUAUGAACUAUACAGAGAGAGAGAGAGAGAAACAAAAAGAGAACAGAAAGAGAACAGAAAGCGCAGAAAAUAGUAAUGCAAAGCAAACAAGUCUUCUUACUAUUGGACGAGAUCCCUAAGACACAUUAGAGGAGAUUCCCAUAUCUCGUAUAUUAAAAUAAUAUAUUUACAUAUAUAUACACACACAAACACACGCACAGACACACCCACACACACACACACACGUACACACAUGGAGUCCCUAUGACAAAAAAAACACACAC